AUGGGGCAGACAGUUUCUCAUCAAUAUGGAGGUAUUUACAGCCCGGACCCGCAAAUGACGUAUUGUCCAAAAUGCGACCAAUAUACCCUCACUAGAGUCAAUUAUGUUAUGGGUCCCGUGGCAUGGUAUGUGGUCAUCGUGCUCACUCUUACUAGGUAUGUUCCUAAAUUUAAACACAAAAAAUAUUUUUUAAGUCCGUUUGUCUGCUGCCUUUUUUUUCCAUGCAUUUUUUUGCCGUUCGUUACUAAUUGUUGGAGGGAUGCUGAACAUCGUUGUAGUGUAUGCAAUUUGUAUCUUGGCAAAUUUGUACGUCAACUGGAAAACCGUGGAUAUGGAGGACAAAGGACUGUUGUGGUUCAUCAACCUCCGAUUCCUCCUCGUCAGCCUCCUCAACCUCAAGUUCAACCUGUUAUACUUGCUUCUGCUCCUCCAAUGCAAACUUAUACUCCGCCAACAAGUCCGCCGCCGUAUCCGCCAACUAGCCCGCCGCCGUAUCCACGAUAA